AUGCCUAACAUCCGAGGUCCCAGAGCGAGUGAGCGGAAAACGCUGAUGAGUGUGGCUCACUCGAUACUUCUAUAUGGAGCGGAGAUUUGGGUUGACGCACUCAAUGUCCCAAAAUACCAAAACCGAAUGGUCUUGGUUCAGAGACGAUGCGCCAUGCGUGUAGCGAGUUCCUAUCGAACAGUCUCUGCACUGGCAGUAAUGGUUGUAGCGGGAGUAAUCCCUAUUGCUCUUCUUGCUAAGGAGAGAAAAAGAAUCUACAAUAGGUGCCAAUCGGAGGAUGAUCGUUCACAAAUUAAAACUGAGCGCAGCUCCGGAUUUACCAUGGGGCACAGUAAGGCUAGUGCCCCAGACCCCAGGGGGCCCCUAAGCCCAGAAAAUUAA